ACAGAUGGACUAAGACAGCGGUUCCAUGCAUGCUUAAAUGUAUACAAGUGUCUCUGUGUUUAUGUGUUUGUGUUUUUGUGUGUGUCUAAGGAGUUAAGAGUAUGUGUGUUUUGUGUUUGUGUGUGUCCAUGAUAAUACACAAGACAGAAAAGGAGUUCCCAUGGGGAAAUGAGAACAUGUUGGGAAGCCUGUCCUGGUAUCCAGCCUCAGCCUCUGCCCUCGCCAUGGGUCACAGAACAGACCAGUGCCAUCGAUGAGGUCACACAGUAGAGCUAGGAUCUUAGCGACCAUGGGGAGCUCAGUGUCCACUCUGGCUGGGGCCAGCUGGAGGCCUUCAGUACAGCCCCAGCCAACUCUCACUGAACAGCUGGAGCACCGACACCCUGGGCACUCAUUUCAAAUCAUGAAAUGCCACUUCACAGACCACAGGGGAGAACAGUCACCAACCGAUGGGACCACCCUCAGCUUGACCAGCCCUGAGUCCACUGAGGAGAGUGUGGAAGUGUUCUGGCCAGGGACUAUACAGAGAGAAGGGUCGUCCCCACGGCCGGGGCCUGCCAUUCCCCGGGAGGAGGGCCUCUACUUCGCUGCCAGGGCCCGGGGGAUGCUGGACUGGAGCAGCUCCCCAUCCUCAGAGUCCUCCGAGUACCAGUCCUACUCCCAGUACCAGUCAUGCUGCUCCUGCAUGUGCGAUGAGGACAAUGCUGCUCCUCAGAGUGUGUGUGCCUUCUACACGCACGUGCAGACUGUGCGGGGUGUGGCUGUGGCCUGGGAGACCGAGGCCGGCUUCGAGCCGGUCAGCAGGAAGCCCCGCAUCCAUGAAGCCCAGUUCAUCAAGAGGCAGAGGUGGAACGGCUCCUCCUUCGAAAUGGCUUCCAACACCGAUAUGCGCUGGGACCUGGAAGCCUGCAAGAGCAACUGCAGCCCCGAGCCCGAGGACAUAGACCUGCUGGAGUGCUGCCUGCAGGAGCUGCGGGAGCCGCCGGACUGGCUGGUCACCACCAACUACGGGGUGCGCUGCGUGGCCUGCUGCAGGGUCUUCCCCUCCCUGGACACUCUGCUGGAGCACGCCCAGCAUGGCAUCCGGGAGGGCUUCAGCUGUCAGAUCUUUUUUGAGGAGAUGCUGGAGAGAAGGCGGGCUCAGGGCCAAGCACAUGACCAACAGCUGGAGGAGGAGCAGAGUCCUUCAGACAACAGCGAAUGUUCCCGGCCCCAGGGUGAGGUGCUCUCAGCACAGCAGCAGGAGGAGCAGAGUCCUUCAGACAACAGCGAAUGUUCCCGGCCCCAGGGUGAGGUGCUCUCAGCACAGCAGCAGGAGAAGCAGUGAGCCAGAGGGGAGAUACCCAACCCUGCCCUCACCUCCAGGGCCUGGGACUGCUCCUUCCCCAGCCAGCAGUAUCAGAGCCACUAGGGCAGGGAGAGAGGACCAGGGUCAGGGGGAAGGAAAGGCAUGGAGUGUAGAGCAGCGAGGGCCGGGAGACUGGAAGGAACCCCCUUCCUGCCCUAGGCACAGCAUCUCCACCAGAGUCCAUUUCAAAACCCAAACGAGAGGGCUUUGAGUGUUUCUGAUGGCAGGCACAACAUCUGAAACCCACAAAUGCAUGGCCAGAGGGAUUUCCAUUUUUGCCGGUGGAUCAGGCAGGUCCACACUUGCUAAGUAUAUGUGGGUCACAGGACAGCCAACUGCAAAUUACUCUUCAGCCCUAUUUUUUUCACUAUUGAAAAUCUGUCAUAUGCCCUAGUUCUAUGUCUUAUGUUAUUGGGAUUAAACUUGAAUAACACAAAAUUGAA